CCGCUUGUCUCUAGAUUGCAAUCUCGCGCGACGAGCACCGGACCGUCGAGAUAUUUUUACUCGCGCGACGAUAUAAUCGACGAAAUUUUCUAACCACGGUGUUAAUUUUAAAAGAGAGAGAGAGAGAGAGAGAGAGAGAGAGAGAGAAAAAGAGAGUCGUUAAAACAAGAAAUCGCGGAAUAUUCCCUACGAAUAUCAAAAACACGUUUAAAUAAACAACACAAUCUAAAUUUUACUAAUUCACGCUUGAUUGCGUAUCUUCUGGUCUCUUAUCUGAAGUAAUGCGAAAUACGGUUCAUCCUUAAAUUUGGGAGAUAACAAUUUCCGAAACGGUCCACUUUUCUUUUUUCAAAUUUGCCGCGGGCGGAAAAUUAAAACACACACAGUAUCUCUUUCUAGAUUUUUAAAUUGCUCGAGGCUGAUGGAAAACUUUGCAUAUCUUUUUUUUUCUUUCAAGGAUAAUCCACAUAGAAAAGUACUGGAAGAUAAAUAUCUAAACUGAAUUUUCUCAAAAAUAAAUGAAACCACGAGGUCGCGUCUCAAAACGUUGCAUCAAACCUAUUUCGAUCCGUCGAUGAAACGGACGACCUUGAUCUACGUUGCAUCUUCGUAAAAAUAAGAACCGCGUCGCUCGGUUCAUCACCGAGACACCCUUCCCUCCCUUGUCCACGAAACAUUACGCGUUUUUCGUUCUACGUCAGACCGUCAGGUAGGAAGAAAUAAAGACCUUGAUCAAAAUCCGUCAUCGUUGUCGGGUGUUGACCGAAUUAGUGGUGGACCGUUUCGGACGCGGAGGGCCAAACGCGUCAAAUAUCGCUGAAGCGAGUGGCGCACACACUCGCCAAUAGACAAGCCCUUGCAGCUGUCGAUCGCGGGUUGACUCUGGUCGCGGCGUUUUAAUGACGCACUCGAUAUAGCGGAGCUGCUGCUCGAACAAGAGCGACGGCACAUACACACAAACUUCCGUAUCCGUCGGAAGUUCCUCGCGUGGUCCAGAGAAGAGGGAGGGGGGGGGGAAUACCGAUGACAACGAGGUGGUGGAGGUAAGAAAAACCGACGACCGCGACGACGACGACGACCGUCGUCUCGAAGAAGAAGAGGCGAAAAGAAGAAGCGAGAGAAGUAGAAGAGAGGGGCGUUCUCGGGGUUUGGCGAUAGUGACAAUGCCAGUGCCUCGCGGGCUAGUCGGAGCCGAGGGCGACGACGGGAUCGAGAAGUGAGAGAGAAAAGAGGACCGAGCUGUGUGCGCGCCAGAACCCUGGCCCCGGCCGACCGCGGUAGUGUCUAGUGCGACGGGAUGAUGACGGGUGCGCGAAUGAGACCCGCGCUCGCCGUGGGCCUCCUCCUGGGCCUUCUAGCCGUCGCCUUACAAGGAGUGCAAAGCGAGGACGAGCUGGAACGGAUACCGUCCGAGGACUUAUGUCGACCGUACAUCGAGAAGGCGCUCAAGGGCCUCGGCACAGGAUCUUUGGAAGAGACCAGUGCAGAGGUCGGAGCCGAGAUCGGUCAAGAGAGCCAUGAGGAAGGGUCUCCUGCGACCGAAGAAGCUGACAAGGCAGCAGACGAAGUUUCGAAAGAAGAAGGCGAGGCCACGGGCGAGGAAGGAUCGAUAGAGGAAGGUGCUGAAGCGACCGCCGAAGAAAGCAAGGAAGCGACCGAGGAACAAGCCAGCGAGGAAAAGGCGGAAGCAGAAUCCGAACAAGAGGAAACCGAACAAAGCGAGGAAGCCGCGACCGCUGAAGCUUCUCAGGAAGGAGAAACAGAGGAGGCAAAAGACGCAUCCGCCGAAGCGACCGAAAGCGAGGGAGGAGAACAGCCCGACUCAGCCGAGAAGGUGACCGAAAGCGAAGAAGAGGGAGCGAAAUCCGAAGAGGAGGGUGAGAAGCCCAGCGAGGAGAAAUCCGACGAACAAGCGCAGGAAGAGAAAUCCGAGGAGGCGACAGUAGACGAAACGAAAUCCGAGGAAGACAAAGGGGAGGAAUCGAAAACCGAGGGCGAGGAGGAGGAGGAGCAAGGUGAAUCCAAAGAAACCACCGAAGACGCGGGAGUCGAGUCCAAGGAAGAGGCGGAGGCUCAGCAAGCGUCUGCGGAAGCUAGCGUUGAAGAAGUAGCGGAAGAAGGAGACGAUAGUAAAGGCGCCGAGGAAGGCGCUGAGUCGACCGAGGAUCAGGCGGUGAGUGAUGAAGGAAAAACCGAGGAGGAAGCGCAGAGCGCCGAGGCUGGGGAUGAAGAGAAGGAAAAAGAGAGCGCGGAAGACGCGGGUUCGGAAGACGUAGACGAAGAAACGAAGUCUGCCGAAGAGGAGGAAGGUAAAUCCGCGGAAGAGGCUACGGCGGAAGAAGAAACGAAAUCCGCGGAAGAGGCUACGGCGGAAGAAGAAACGAAAUCCGCGGAAGAGGCUACGGCGGAAGAAGAAACAAAAUCCGCGGAAGAGGCUACGGCGGAAGAGGCUACGGCGGAAGAGGAAACGAAAUCCGCGGAAGAGGCUACGGCGGAAGAGGAAGCGAAAUCCGCGGAAGAGGCUUCGGCGGAAGAGGAAGCGAAAUCCGCGGAAGAGGCUACGACGGAAGAGGAAGCGAAAUCCGCGGAAGAGGCUACGACGGAAGAGGAAGCGAAAUCCGCGGAAGAAGAAGUCAAAUCUGCGGAGGAACAAGAAACUAAGUCUGAAGAAGAAGCAAAAUCUGCAGAGGAGGAAGGAGCCAAAUCCGAGGAAGAAGACGAGGAGGCGAAAUCGCGCGGAAGACGAGAAGCGGAAGGCGAAGAAGGGGCUGAAGCGGGCGAUGAAUCCACGGAGGGAGCCGUAAGCGAGGAAGAACACGAACCCACACCGGAGGAGGAUUUGAUUCAGGAAAUCGAGAUACCGGAGAACCUUCGACCCAGGGAUCACAUUAAUCAACUGCUAAAACUGGACGAGGAGAACGAGGAAAAGGAGCGAGCCAUACAAAGAGAGGCCGAUAUCAUUCUUAGAGAUCUGAAGAGGCUCUACGAUAACGCCAUAAAACCGCUAGAGACCAUGUACAAGUACAGGGAUUUGAGCAACAGACACUUCGGAGAUCCCGAGAUAUUCUCCAAGCCUCUGGUGCUCUUUCUGGGUCCCUGGAGCGGCGGAAAGUCAUCGAUCAUCAAUUACCUACUCGAUAUCGAAUACACACCAAUAGCCCUUAGGACGGGUGGUUUGAGAGAGUGCUUAGAGGAGCGUUGCAAAUCGCCAACUGGAAAAACUGACACAGGAGCCGAGCCGUCCCCGGCGUACUUCAACAUAAUAAUGCACGGCGAGGAGGAGGAGGUGCUCGACGGCACUCAGCUGGCCGCCGACUGGACCUUCUCGGGGCUGCAGAAGUUCGGUCAGGGUCUGCUGGAUCGUCUCAGAGGCAUGCGACUUAACAAAACAUUGCUGGAGAAGGUGAACAUCGUCGAGAUUCCCGGAAUUCUGGAAAUACGCAAACAAGUGCAACGCUUGUUUCCCUUCAACGACGCGUGUCAGUGGUUCAUCGAUCGAGCGGACAUCAUAUUUUUGGUCUACGAUCCCGCCAAGUUGGACGUCGGGCCCGAGACCGAAGCGAUUCUCGACCAGUUGAAGGGAAGAGAAUAUCAAACCCGUAUCAUUCUCAACAAAGCCGAUCAGGUGAAGCCCGAGGAGCUCAUGAGGGUGCAGGGCGCCCUGAUCUGGAAUAUAUCGCCGCUGAUGUCGAGCGCAGAACCGCCGAUAAUGUACUCCACGUCGUUGUGGUCACUGCCCUACGAAGCUGGCGCACCCACCAGAUUGCUGUACGCUCAAGAACGCGCAUUUCUUCGCGAUUUACGAACCGCGAUCAACAAGAGGGUCGAGCACAAGAUAGCGAGCGCCAGAAGAUUCGCCGUACGAGUGCGCAACCACGCGAAGAUGGUGGACUGCUACUUGACGACGUACUACAAUCACAAGACGUUCUUCGGCAACAAGCGGGAGAUCAGCGAGAAGAUAAUCGAAAACCCGCAAGACUAUCACAUCUACGAGGGUCUGAGCACGCUGACCAACAUAUCGCGCUACGAUCUGCCCGACCCGGACGUUUACCGCGACUUCUUCCGGCUGAAUUCGCUCUACGACUUCCCGCUGCUGAGCUCCACUUGCACGUACUUCCGCGGCUGUCCGAUCAACAGGCUUGACGUGGCGAUCGCGUACGAUCUGCCCGAGCUCGUGGGCAAGUACAAGAAGUCCGUGGAGGCGGUGCUGCACGAGAACGAGGGCAACAGCCCGCCGAGUUGAGAGGUGCGCCGCCGUGAGUCCGUCCGCGUUCUGGAACGGAGCUCUUGAUACCAUGUGAGGAGCACGGACUUGACUGAAGAGGCCGUUGUCGCGCGACCUUCGCUAGACCGAGAAAAAGAAACCUCGGUAGCGCGAAGGUCGGGAACGAUCGAAGAAAGGUGGGAAAAAGAAAAAAAAAUAAACAACCGGUCCGAUCCUUGAGAUGGUACCGAGGGACUUUCUUCCCGAAACUCAGGGCUCCAGCUGGGAUCGCGCUACCUCUCGCAUCGCAAUUCGACAGAUGCAACAAAGAUGAAUGAGAGGUCGAUUCGCGAAAGAAGCUGAAGAAAGCUCACAAAGCGAAAGCGGGGAGUGCAUCCGAGUGUGAAACGAGAAUCGCGAGCGGAUCCGAAUAAUCUCGUCUCUGUCUCCGACACAAGAGCCAGAGAACACGACGCGGAGUGUGUGGUAUCACGAGUUCGAGCGGAUAAUAAUCCUCCUCGGUCGCGCAAAGGAUGAGCGAGUGUCGCGCUUGUGUCUGCGGUGAAACAAUACGAGUGCUACCAUUCCGAUCCAUAAACGGACACAGUGUGAGAGUUCCCUUCGAAUGUAUGUGUUCAGAUAUCGGUUCCUCUCUCUCUCUCUCUCUUUCUCGGCGAAGAUUUGAGGCUUCGAGUGCGACGGCGGUCGAUCUUAUCUUUCUCGCGCAAAACAUAAAAACGUUCGUUCGAAUUUAUUUCCAAUAAUUUUGAAGUCUCUCUCCGAGAGAUGAAAAAAAACAAAUCCAAUUUGUUUUAUUUCCUUUUUACUCAACAUCUCAAAUUCUUCGAACUCGAUAAACGAUUUAAUAUAAUUUAAAUCUGUGAAGAAAUUUAAUUAAAAUGUAAAAUAGAUUCGAAUUUAACAAAAACAAACGCGUGAUUGAACCAACAAUCUUGCGAACUCGAUUAAUUUUUUGCGCGAGAAUAUAGAAAUAGAUCGAACCGCCGUUGCAUCUCGAGUCUCGAAAUUCGCGUUUGUCUCGCGACGAAUCGGUGUUUGCUGAUUAAGCUUAUCUUGAAAAAGAAGACAAACUCUCUGAAGAAUCGAGCGUAACGUUCAAAAAAACAAUCGCGGCCGAUUGCUGGCCGUUCGAGUGUUCCUCCCGAGAGGAACACGUCAAAAAAGCUAUAAUCCAUACCGAAAUAUUUCCAUUGCGUAACAAAAAAAAAGGAAAUAAAAAAAACAAAGAGACGAGAUGAUCUCUUCUUGUGGCUUUUGUGGAAUAUACCUUAUAUAAACUGAUUUGUGUUCUUAUUAAAAUGUGCAAUUAAAACGAUUAACGAAUUAUAUUCUGAUCUCUCGCGCGUUGCUCUGUCGUUAACGCGCGAAGACCGGUCGUAGUGUUUAUUUAUUCAAGACUAUUGGAGAUUCGAAUCUCCGUCUCAGAAUACACAUACGUCUUUAGAAACGCACGCACGCUGUUAAGCUUCUUUCUUUUUGGCUCCUUACCACACGUACUGAAUCUACGCGGUUUACUUUUUCGAAUCUUAAAAUUUUAAUUGCUCAAAGUCCGAGAUUCUUGAAUGUUUUUCUAUUCCCAAAUCCAUAAACAAAGUUUAUGCGAAUAUUCGAAGUCGCCUCAAAUAAAAAUUCUCAAUCGACAAAAACAAAAUAAUCGUCGAAUAAAUUUCAACCUUGAUCUUUGAGAAUUACUUGUAUCUUUAAAUCUAUCGUCUCUUUACUUUGUUUUCCGUUUGCGCAUGUUUCGAAAUCGUAUUUUGCUAAUCUUGUUCAGACGCAAAACACAACGUUGAAAAUACAACGUUGCGCUCCGUAUCGCGAAUCUCAAACACACGAGACAAACAAUGCGAGAUUAAUUUAUCAGCGAGAUAAAAUAAUCGUGACAAACACGCAAUUUAUCCAGCAAUUAAAUGUGUAUUAUUGACACUAUAUCAUUGUUGUUAUACUACAACCGACGUUGUUGACGCUAUUCGUUAUCCUACUUAUUGCUAAGAUUACGUCGAGCUAUUUCAAUAUUGUUAUACAAAUACACAUGUGUUGCCGAAAAAAAACAAAAACAAAAAAAAACAAAAAAAAAAACAAAAACAAAUCUACUUUAGUUAGAAUAAGAUUUUAAGAUAUGCACUCUCUCUUGUGUACUUAGGAUAAGGUAGAUAGGAAACGUAAUUAUUACGGGAAAUUUACUUUAUAUAAUAAUUAGGCAAAUGUGUGUGUACGUUUUCAAAUAAGAACGUGUGUUAUAUA